AUGGACGACGAUGCUCCAGAGCUGGUCGAGGUGACGGCAGUGCCAGCCACGACCGAGGAAGUCGUCAGCCGCGUGCCCAUAACUCUGGUUACAGGCUACUUGGGCGCGGGCAAGACGACCCUGCUGAACUAUAUCCUGACCGAGAAGCACGGCAAGAAAAUCGCCGUCAUCAUGAAUGAAUUCGGCGACUCAACCGAUAUCGAGAAGUCCCUGACCGUCAACCAGAAUGGCCAGGAGGUCACCGAGUGGCUCGAUGUCGGCAACGGAUGCAUCUGCUGCUCUGUCAAGGACUCGGGCGUGCAAGCCAUCGAGUCUCUCAUGGAUCGUCGCGGCACGUUCGACUACAUCCUGCUCGAGACCACCGGCCUCGCAGAUCCGGGAAACAUCGCGCCCCUAUUCUGGGUCGACGACGGCCUAGGCAGCUCCAUCUACCUUGACGGCAUCGUCACUCUCGUAGACGCAAAGAACAUUGUGCGCCUCCUAGACGAGCCCGCACCAGACGAAACAGCCCAUGCAGGAGGCCAUGAAGACCAUGCCGGGCCGGCUCUAACCAUGGCCCAUCUCCAAAUCUCCCACGCAGAUGUCAUCGUGCUAAACAAAGCCGAUUUAGUAACCUCCGCCGAACUGGAGGCCACCCGCCAAAGGAUCGCAUCCAUCAACGGCGCGGCCAAAAUCCACAUUACAGAUCACAGCCGCACGCCACAGAUUGAAGGCGUGGUUUUGGAUCUGCAUGCCUACGAUCAACUGUCCAAGUUGGAUUUUCAGGAGAAAGGGCACGCGCAUAUCGACCCUCGAAUAUCUACAAUUGCAUUCACACAUCCCAAGAUCACCCCCGCUCAAUUAGCGGGCGUGGACGAAUGGCUAAGGUCUAUCUUGUGGAAGAGCAUUAUCAAGUAUCCCGGUGAUGGGGAUGAUGCGGAAGAAGCCCAAAAGCACACGCCCAGAUUUGAAAUUCACCGUCUCAAGGGUCUUUUGGCCCUGACUGAUGGCACAUUCAAGGUCAUCCAGGCAGUACGAGAGAUGUACGAGAUUAGAGACUCGGAAAAUAGAGAAAACAAGGAAGAAGACCAGGCAGAUGCUCCUGACCACUGCAAGAUUGUCAUAAUUGGACAUGAUCUUGGGAAAUCAGCCGAGUCUUGGAAGGAAAGCUUUGCUCACAGCCUAGUCUCUAGAAUUUAG